CUAACCUCACUCUUUAAGAGUUCGUUUGUUUACAUGUGGCUUUAACAAAUUAUCGGAUAAAUAGGAAAAUGACAUUAGGAGAAUUUGAAAUGACAUAGGAGAAUUAGAAAAUAAUGUGUAGUGUUUUAUUUAGUUAAAGAUAUAUGGAAGUAUUAAAUAAUUAAACUUACGUUACGUGAUAUAAGCAAAGUAUAAUUUAGAAUAACCUACGUUCUCCAGUGUAGAAAUCGUCUGUCUACGUUUAUACGUUACGUUAUAUUCUUUAUUAAUUGUUGUAUUUAUAACAACAAGAACAACGUGUAAUACGUUGUAUUUAUUAUUAAUCUUUAUUACACGUGUGUACAUUCUUUUAAUUUAAAUAAGAAUAAUGAUGGAACAAUUGCAAACAGCAUUAACAGCAAUUAAAGUGUUACGAUCUAGUGUUGGACAAGUUUUUGAUUCUCUUGCAAAUGGGUUACGAGCCGAUCACGGAGAAGAUAAUAAAGAAUCCAAAUAUUUGUUAGAGUUGCAAGAAUUAUUGACAACGGUUAACGUUAAUUUAAGGGAUGUAGAACAAGCAGUUAGUAGUUUGAAUCCACCACCUGGUCCAUUUAAUUUGGCUAGCACGACUUAUCUUAGUCAGGAAACGACACAGGAAAGACAAGCACUUUAUGGUUCUCUUGUUAAUAGUUAUAAAUGGACAGAUAAAGUUCACGAGUACAGUAAUGCUGCUCAAACAUUAUUGAAUCAGAAUUCGUUAAAGAGAUCUUAUACGAAUACAAGUAGAGCAAAAAGAGGUAGAGUUCAAACUAGUAAUCACAAUGUACCUCCGCAACAAGUGGAUUCCAUGAUAGCAACCUUUGAUCGAUUAUUUAACGAUAUGACUGUAUCUGUAUCUCGACCAUUUGCAUCAAAUGCAGUAUUACACGUUACGUUAGGACACGUCUUAAAGGCAGUAAUAGCUUUUAAAGGUGUAAUGAUUGAAUGGGUUGUUGUAAAAGGUUAUGGAGAAAGAAUGGAUUUAUGGACAGAAUCGAGGCAUAAAGUUUUUAGAAAAGUAACAGAAAAUGCUCAUGCAGCUAUGUUACAUUUUUAUUCACCUGCACUUCCUGAAUUAGCUGUACGAUCAUUUAUGACUUGGUUUCAUAGUUUAAUCAAUUUAUUCAGUGAACCAUGCAAACGUUGUGGACUACAUCUACACAGUGCUUUACCUCCAACAUGGAGAGAUUUUCGUACUUUAGAACCAUAUCAUCAGGAAUGUAAACCAUAAUAAUGAAUGAUGUCAAGGUCCCUUGACACUAUAAUGUUGCAUAUUGAAGAAGUAAUUAAUUAAUUCUAUAUUAUAUUGUAAAAGUUCAUAUAUUUAAAUAUAUUUAUUAAUAAAAUCUGAGAAUAUCGUGUUGUUCCUUGUAAAAUGUAUAUAUUCUAUGGGAGGUAAUCGCAGUGUAAAGAGAAGAGAGGUAAUAUAUUUCAAAACCUGGAAUAUUAUGCUUCAAACGCUUCUUCUAUCUAUUAUAGUGUGAAUACAAUAAAGGUAUAAAUGAAACAUUUUCACAGAGAAUAUAAGGGCAUUUAUAAAAAGAACUUAAUUAUACAAUACUUAACAAAUGUGAAAUUUGAAAUAGUAAAAAGUAACAUUGCAAAAUAUAAAUGCAUUUAAUUUGCAAUUUUAAGACGUCUGAUCGUAAUUCGAUCAUUAUUUUGAUUUAACCGAAGCCAGAAGAAAGAGCAAAAUGAAUAAUCGUCUGUCUAGAUUAAAGGAGCCUUUAUCAAAAAGAAGAUAAAUAUACUAUUGACAGAUUGUGGAAUUGGAACUUGGCAUUUUUUUAGCGGAUAAACACUUACGGCUGUACUAACUUUUAAGUAUAAUAUACAAAUGAGCAGGCAUAAAUGUUUUUGUUUUUGAAUAUAAUAGCUCUGCAUUUUCAGUGAUUUCCUUUUGUAUAUCCUAUGUAUGUAUACCACUCUUAAUAUCAUACGCUAGGUAGUUUUAUAUAAUACUAAUUAGUAUCAUAUGUAAAUAUAAGUACUUUUCACAUAACUGUACACAUUCACAUUUGGAAUAUUGGCACUCCGUUAAGAGUGCAAGUCGUUAAAGUGGCAGUGAACUUAUUUUACAAAUCGUUAUUGUGAUCGCUCACUUUUAUGGACUCUUGCAAGUAUUUCAUCGUAAGGCUCUAUGUACGUUGCAAUAUUCAAUUGAGCAUAAAUACGCGUCGUUGACUCGAAACUAUUUAUGCGAUCGUUCUACCUCGUCUAUCGAGUUUUAUCGAAUUCAUAAUAAGUGCGUAAUAUAUAUUAAGUCGUUCGCUAAAAACGAAUAUCAACGAAUUUAAUCGUUAUCACGUAUAAUAUAUCACUUUCCGAUCGUCCAACUUCUUGAUUAUGCGAAAUAUUAAGUGCGCCAACGUGUUUUUUUACGUAGAUUUCAAGCAAUUCUUCUUAUUUUUUUUUUUUCUUUUUUCUUCUUUUUUUUCUCUCUUCUUCCUCUUGUCAAUAGUAUGUGUGUAUGUGUGUGUGUGUGUAUGUGUAUGUAGACUGUACUUUAUUAUUAUUUGUAUAUAAGUGCAAUUUUUAAGAUAUUUCUUAUAAUUUCGGUGCAAUCUUAAAUCAAAGUGACGGUAGAAAUGUUUACGACAACGAACACUUAACGACACUUUUUCUUUUUUUUUUUUUUUUUUUUUUAAUCCCUUUUUUUUAUGGUUAAUUUUUUUUCUGCUUUAUCUUCGAACAUUGUGAACACAUAACGCGGAAUGUUCUUUUUUGGUAAAUAGAUAGAAUAAUUAAUC